AUCAUCACUGCGCACAAAUAUACAUACAUAAAGUACAUGAAUAUUUUUGGAACUGCUCCAAAAUGUUAAGUGCAUCACUAUGAAUAUUCAAAUUAGUUGCUAGCAUACGUUCUCGAUGGAUGUGUCAGUAGUCUUGAUUAACUCUAAUUAAUAAAAUAUGCAUAUACAAAACAACUGGAUCAUUGGAGUAUUAUACGCUUUUAUUUUUCAUGUUAAUGGUUUUAUUAAUAUUAAAGAAAAUGAAGGCAUAGCCGUUGGUAUUAUAACCGAUCAUAAUACGGAGCAGAUAAGAAAGACUUUUGAAUAUGCUAUUAAUGUAGCCAAUACUGAAUUAGGAGUACCUCUAAUAGGAUAUAACGAAGAAAUAAAAUUCGGCGAUUCUAUAGAAGGAUAUACUAAAAUUUGCAAAUUUAUGCAGAAUGGCAUAGGUGCUAUUUUUGGCCCUUCAUCGCGUCAAACAUCGGCACAUCUUUUAACAGUAUGUGAUGCUAAGGAUGUACCAUAUAUGUAUCCACAUAUGAGUGAUCAUGUGGAAGGAUUUAAUUUGUACCCAAAUCCAUUGGAUUUGGCACGAAUAUUGCAUAACGUAAUCGACUUAUUCAAGUGGACUCGUUUUAUUUUCCUUUAUGAAUCAUCCGACUAUUUGAGCAUUUUAAAUGGUUUAAUGUCAUUUUACAUAAGUGACGGACCACUAAUUAAUGUAUUGCGGUAUGAUCUUAAAUUAAAUGGAAAUUACAAAGCAGUUCUGCGACGAGUGCGCAAAUCGGAAGAUGGACAGAUUGUAGUAGUAGGCUCUACACCAUCUGUAGCUGAACUAUUAAGACAGGCACAGCAAGUUGGAAUAAUGAAUGAUAAAUAUUCCUAUAUUAUUGGUAAUCUGGACUUACAAACUUUUGAUCUGGAAGAAUAUAAAUACAGUGAGGCGAACAUCACGGGGUUUCGAAUGUUUUCUCCAACUCAAUCCAUCGUCCAAGAUUUAAUAUCACACUUGGAUUACAGUGGGAGCAUCAAUGAUCGAAUAAUCAAUGAUUCAUGUCCAAUAACUUUGGAAAUGGCAUUGACUUAUGAUGCCGUACAAGUUUUUGCCGCAACUACAAAAAAAAUAAUGUAUCGUCCACAGGCUUUAAAUUGUUCCGACCAAAGCAGCCAAGUACAAACUGAUGGAUCAACAUUUAAGAAUUAUAUGCGUUCGACCAAUAUUGAAGAAAAAACCAUAACCGGACCUGUAUACUUUGAUGGAAAUAUACGAAAAGGUUAUACUUUAGAUAUUGUUGAGCUGCAGACUACUGGACUCGUUAAGAUCGGCACUUGGGAUGAACGUAAUAAUUUGACAAUUCAACGUCCACCUCAAUCAAAACUAUGGAGUGAGGUUGAUGCCAAUUCUUUGGUGAACCAAACAUUUCGUGUUCUUAUAUCAGUGCCAAACAAGCCUUACGCCAGUUUAGUGGAGAGUCAUAAGAAAUUGGUUGGCAACAACCAGUAUGAAGGCUACAGCAUAGACCUAAUAAAAGAGUUAUCUGCAAAAUUAGGAUUCAAUUAUAUUCUAAUUAAUGGUGGGAGUAAUUACGGCAACUUUAAUAAAACAACAAAUAAGACAACAGGAAUGAUGAAAGAGAUAAAUGAAGGUAGAGCAGAGUUGGCAAUUACCGAUUUGACAAUUACAUCGGAACGCGAAGAAAUAAUUGAUUUCUCUAUACCAUUCAUGAAUUUAGGUAUUGCGAUUUUGUACACUAAACCACAAAAAUCGCCUGCUAACUAUUUUUCAUUCUUGGAUCCAUUCUCUAGAGAAGUUUGGAUUUACUUGGGUCUUGUUUAUAUUGGUAUAUCGCUCUGUUUUUUUAUAUUGGGGCGGUUGUCACCAACCGAAUGGGAUAAUCCAUAUCCAUGUAUUGAAGAACCCGAAGAACUGGAGAACCAAUUUACAUUAAAUAACUCGUUUUGGUUUACAACAGGGGCAUUUCUACAGCAAGGCUCUGAGAUAGCACCAAAGUCUCUUUCUACCCGUACUCUUGCAUCCAUUUGGUGGUUCUUCACACUGAUAAUACUAUCUUCAUACACUGCCAAUUUGGCAGCGUUUUUAACUAUCGAGAAACCUGCUGCAGUCAUAACUAAAGUCGAUGACUUAGCUAAUAAUGUAGAUGGUGUAAAAUAUGGUGCUAAGCGAACUGGUUCAACGCGAACUUUCUUUUCAGCCUCCGAGCAUGAAGUUUAUAAAAAGAUGAAUGAGUUCAUGAUUAAAAAUCCCGAUUUACUUUUCGAGACAAAUUUUCAAGGAGUAGAUCGUGUGAAAAAUGGUAAAAAUUAUGCUUUCUUAAUGGAGUCCACAUCUAUUGAGUACAAUAUUGUCCGCGAGUGCAACCUAAUGAAAGUUGGCGAACCACUCGAUGAGAAAGGGUAUGGCAUCGCGAUGGUAAAAAAUUGGCCAUAUCGUGAUAAACUUAACAACGCAUUGUUAGAACUUCAAGAACAGGGUGUUUUAGCGCAACUUAAGAAUAAAUGGUGGAACGUAGUUGGUGCUGGUGUUUGCAAAAAAAAAUCUGAUAGCCAAGUGGCAUCUUUGGAUUUAAAGAGUUUAGGUGGUGUAUAUCUAGUACUUGGGGUCGGAAGCGGACUGUCUCUUAUAUAUGGUUUAAUUAUGUGGUGCAUAUAUGUGGCAAGAAAAGCCAAUUAUUAUGAGGUACCGUUUGGUGCCGCAUUUUUGGAAGAACUACGAAUUGCAAUUAACGUUGCGAAUAACGAACGCAUACUGAAGAGCGCACAGUCCGUGUACUCACGGAGUCGAAAUUCACUUCUUUCAAUCGAUUCAAUAGACACAGAUUCUGAAGUUGAAAAGAGUUCAAAAACUGACGAAGAAUCGGAAAAUACUUAUUAGGCUCCAAAAUGUGCAUAACCAUUUUAAACUACAUUAAAACCACUUUCUUUUAUAAUUUAUGUCAACUUUUAACUAACUUUCUUAACAAUAUUAACUAUGUAUCUUGUAAUGAGUACUUUAUUAAAUAAAAUUGCUUGCAUAACAAUAUUCAUUUACAA